ACCUAUACUCGAAACUGCCGGACUCGUUAUCCGCAGUUCCGAACUUUAGCGACGCUAAGUUGACAAUGUUCCGCAACCCGCUGAAAAUCAAUACAGCUGCAAAGUUACCGCAGAUUGUUCCGUCGACUUUUGGACGAGGAAAAGCUCCUUGAAAUCGCGUCGUUAAAGGGAGCAGAUUUUUUUCGAGAAAGCCGCAUCGGCCCGAAUCUCUCUCUCUCGUACGGCGCUGACGCCCCUGCCCCAUACCGGAUAUCGCGAGAGAAGAAUAAGAGUCCUUAAUCCCUGCACAUAGCACGGCGGUCUCUAGGAAGUGGGUCAAACGAUUAUUGCGGAUCGAUAGUCGCAAGCGCGCGCGACCAUCAGAUCUCCCCCCCCCCUCUCUCUCUCGGCAGUCGCGAAGGCGCGCGUUACGGAUUGACGAAAUCGACAGCCUCACGUGUUGCGCGACGUUCUGGGAAAUUCAUCUUCUCCGUCUUUGACGGGAUUUCGCGAGAGAUGGUCACUAGCGCGCAAACACGAGCGAGCUCUGGAUAUUGGAAAAUCUGCCGAUAUCGCUUUAUCUCGCGCGCUGACUUUUCUUUGUGAGAAAGUCCAAUAAAACGCGAGGAGAUUACGCCGAACAAGCUUACGCGCUUUUAAUUAUUAUCUGCCGUUUCUCUUUUCCAAAAAGCUCCCAACACAUCGAGCGAGCCGAAGCGAUCGAAAUGUCUUUGCCGCACUUUAGUCUAUUAUCGCAAAUUUAUCGGCGUUAUUCCGUCUUUCCCGAAAGCCAGAGUUCCUUUCUUCUUCCGACAUAAAUGUUCCUACUUAUGGAAUAUCGCCUGUUGUACAAUGUGUGCAACAACAGCAUGAUGUAUUCGCUCGAAAGCAGGAGCGAAAUUCGGAGCGCGAAACAAAAUAAGUUGCAUAACGAAUGCGAGAUCCUUCUCAGCUCUCUCUCUCUCUCACGAGUGCUAUGCGCGCAGUCAUCCGCACAAUAAACCGCGGGAGGUAUAUAAAGGUAUAUACACGAGAGAAUACGCGCGCACAGCAACUCGCUCGAGUCUAAUAACCAAUCAGCUGCAGCGAGAGCUUUGUCAGUAUAGUACUGCAGACCGCGUUGUUGUUGGUUUAUCAACUUUUUUAUUCCCAGUCGAUUCGAAAUUCCCCAUCUUAACGGAUAUUCGACGCGCGAGUGGAUGCAUGUCAGCAAUUAACAUUUUCCCGAAGUAGGUUAGAACAGUUUCGCCCCGCGGCGUACCUGCAUUGUCUGCUGUAUAGCUCUGCACGCAGCCGAGCGAGAUUAAAAUAUUUCGACCGCGGCCAAGGCUGCCUAGCGAUAAGGAGUCACGCUGAUAAUAUAUUUUCGACGCGUACAAUGCGGCAAAUCAAUCAAGAUAUAGAGCGCGCGUUACAAUGCAUCACCGCGUGGAACUGCAUAUAGAUAAAAGUGCGCAUUAUAGCUAUAACAAUCGAUCCAAAGUUCGUAUUUCAAGCACCGCGAGCAGCAUCUCGCGCGACAACCUGGCCGCAAGUGGGGCCGAAAAACUCGUCGCCGUGAUCACGGCGCGAUAACGCGUAACACCCGCGUACAAAGGGCAUGAACGCGAGACAAGCGGCGCUAUAUACAACCUCUCGGCGGCUUAUACACAACCUGGCAUGCUAUCUAGCUAUCAGCAUCGGCACACGCAUGCGGCACAUGCGCGCGCAAAAAGCUCCAGCAUCAUCGUCAGAAGCCGCCGCAGCCGCUAUCUAGUGUGCGCGCGCGAACGGAUUGACACGAUGAGUAUCAGCAGCAGCUACUGCAGCUUGAGAAAGGGCCGGCGCGGUCGCGGCACUCGGGAGUAAAACUCGGCGAGUCGGGAAUGCAGUGCAGCAGCAAGAAAGGGACGCCGCCGAGAAAGCCAGCCACGACUUGCCAGAGCUGCUUUGCGCCGCUGUGUUGUACGCGCCUGUCUGUGUGCGAGAGAGUGGAGCUGGAGAGGUAGAUAAAGAUGGAGGGCUCAGAAAUCACAUUUCUUUUUCAAUUUGGCUUGAUACGAGACACUGUCUCGGUGGAGGCAGGCAGCUUGACAUUAAAGUCCCUCAAGGAGUUUGCCUGCGAUUUCAUAAAUACCAAGUGUCCUGACCAUGGCUUGAGUCAACUCUUCGAAAGACUAAUUCUUUUCAAACAUGAUUACAACUGCACCAAUAUUUUGCAACUCAUUACAAACACAACUGAGGUCAUCGAUGAAACUUUGGUUGAAAUUGUUAUAUCAGCUCAAGUGCCAAGCGAACAGAUUCCAAUUCGACCACAUGCACUGUCCGUACACUCUUAUAAAGCGCCUACAUUUUGCGAUUUUUGUGGUGAAAUGCUCUUUGGCCUUGUUCGACAAGGGCUCAAAUGUGAAGGAUGCGGUAUGAACUUUCACAAAAGAUGCGUGGUAAAAGCUCCAAACAAUUGUUCACAAGAUGUGAGCCAGAGGCGAAGAAGCUCCACAUUCCUAAAUGUUCCAAGAUCUCCUAGCCAAGGCUCUACCAGUAGUCUUACCAGUGCAAGCGAUGAUAACCACAGUGCUACUGUUACUCCAAAUUCCAGCCAAAAUAACAGUACUCUGGCCAUCCCAAGCAUCAUCACUCCGAAACAAUCUCGUUCGCCUUCCCUGGGUGGGCGGCCAGUUUGGGUCGAGCGCGAACUGGCGGCUCGCGUCAAAAUCCCGCAUACAUUUGUAGUUCACACCUAUACGCGCCCGACUGUCUGCGGAUACUGUAAGAAAUUGUUGCGAGGCUUGUUCAAGCAAGGCCUGCAAUGCAAAGACUGUCAGUACAACGCUCACAAAAAAUGCAUUGAAAAAAUACCUAAAGACUGUACAGGAGAGAAUCCUGCAGAUAUCACGGGCAAUGAGUACCCUGACAGUGGAGUUGGCAGCGAGCCAGAAGGUAGAUGUGACGGCAGAAACGAAGAGGGAGACAAUGACAGUGACACAGAAUCUCCACCACCAGUUAGUCACAUGCCGUUCAUGUCAGAUGACAAUGGCAAAGUUAACGGGGACUAUACUGAUCACACACCUACGCGCGAUGUAUCUUCUGAAGAUUUGGAUAGAUCACGACCAGCAAGCUCUACACCCAGUAAUAAUAUACCUUUGAUGAGAAUUGUUCAGAGUGUAAAGCAUACCAAGAGACGAGGUUCGAAAGUAUUGAAAGAAGGAUGGAUGGUACAUUUCACAAAUCGAGAUCCUUCGAGAAAAAGGCAUUAUUGGAGACUUGACACAAAAGCAAUAACGUUGUUCCAAAGCGAUACUGGAUCGAAAUAUUAUAAGGAGAUUCCAUUGUCUGAGAUAUUAGCAAUUGAAACUGCCAGAACACCACAUGCUGAUACCAUGCACUGUUUCGAGUUGAGAACGGCUAACAUAGAUUAUUACGUUGGAGAGGAUUUAUCAUAUGGUAAUGAGAGAGCUCAGUUGCCACCCCCGGAAAGCGGAGUUGGCGCUCAUUUGGCCAGAUCUUGGGAAACAAGCAUUCGGCAAGCGCUGAUGCCCGUCACAGGUGCUUCUUCCAGUCAAGAUUCCGACUCGACAGAACCAGAAGAAAACAUCACAGACAUGUCACAACUUUAUCAGAUUUUCCCUGAUGAAGUUUUAGGAUCCGGUCAGUUUGGAAUUGUAUACGGUGGAGUUCAUCGCAAAACUUCGAGAACGGUCGCCAUAAAAGUCAUUGACAAACUUCGCUUUCCAACCAAACAAGAAGCCCAGUUAAAAAACGAAGUAGCUAUCUUGCAAAACCUUUCGCACCAGGGCGUUGUGAAUCUAGAAAGAAUGUUCGAAACCCCGGAAAGGAUUUUUGUCGUUAUGGAGAAGCUGAAGGGCGAUAUGCUGGAAAUGAUAUUGAGCUCCGAGAAGGGACGACUCAGUGAAAGAAUCACGAAAUUUUUGAUUACCCAAAUUCUCGUUGCGCUGAAGCACCUACACAGCAAAAAUAUAGUGCACUGUGAUUUGAAGCCCGAAAAUGUUUUACUAAGCAGCAAUAGCGAUUUCACUCAGGUGAAAUUGUGCGAUUUUGGCUUUGCCCGAAUCAUAGGAGAGAAGAGUUUCCGAAGAAGCGUCGUUGGUACGCCAGCGUACUUGGCGCCCGAAGUUUUGAGAAACAAAGGCUAUAAUCGUUCAUUGGAUAUGUGGAGCGUCGGAGUUAUAGUAUAUGUAUCUUUGAGUGGAACUUUUCCAUUUAACGAAGACGAAGACAUCAAUGAACAAAUCCAAAAUGCUGCCUUCAUGUACCCUCCUAAUCCAUGGAAAGAAAUUUCUUCUGACGCUAUCGAUUUGAUCAACAAUUUGCUUCAAGUUAAACAGCGAAAACGCUUCUCCGUGGACAAGAGUUUGCUGCACUUUUGGUUACAAGAUUACCAGACAUGGUGCGACUUGCGCGAGCUGGAGACGCGCGUGGGCUGUCGCUAUCUGACGCACGAAAGUGACGACGCGCGUUGGCUGGGCCAAGCAAGCAACAACAGUAACAGCAGCAGCAGUAGCAGCGACAACAGCAACGGGUCCAGCGCCGCAGUCGCCGAAAACGCAUGACACCCCAAGCCUCCUGACAGCAACGAUCUACAACCACCCCCGCCUCCGCUUAACAAGGGUUGGCUGCGCGCCGCCCGCGACAUUCUGCGACGCUUCAUUCGCGCUUGACCAAGUGGAUACACCUAGGGAGGAUAUUUUUCCGCUUCCUCUUGUUCUUCCUCUACUUGCCGUUGCUUCAUUCGUGCGCGAGGCUUUGCGAGAGGCCGCUGCGUUCGUUUGCGUCAGCUUGGUCCAAGCGAGAAUAAUGCUUCUGGGGUGAGACGUCUGGUUCGAGGGUAUGGUGCGCGAGACUGCUGACUUGACAAUUGGUUAUUUGCAAGUUUUUUGCCAUCUAGCAAUAACUGUGGCAAAGCCAAUUUGUUCAGUGAACGAUCUUGCCUCUUUAUUGAACUAGGUCGCCGUUGCCAAGAUUCCCAAAAAAAAAAAUAUAUAUAUAUAAUUUAAAAAAGCAGAAAAAAUGUACCGCGCUUCAAACUCUUUGACCUUAUACAGGUGAAUUUUUAUGCAUUCUUCGGAAAUGAGGUUCAAUAUGAAUUUUCAUGAAUAUAAGGCACCGUGUAGCCGACGAAGGUAUUUAUAUUAUAUAACGUCAAUAUAGCUAGUAUCGAGAAGAUUCAUCGGUGACAUGACGCCAAUACAUAGGUUUGUUAAAUAAUGAAUUUUACAAUUUAAAAUUUUGAUAUAUAGACUCUGCCGUACGUUUUAAACUCAACCAACUGAUUGAUAAUAUUUUUUAAAUAUGUAAAACUAUGAAUUGUGGCGAGGAAUGACAAAAGCGAUCUCACGGUCGUCAAACUAUUAAGGAACCACAAGAAUAAAUAACGUUUUUGGCAUUUUACUAGAGUACCUACUAUUUGUGCCACAGAUUGAAUAUUCAUUUUCAAUCAAAACUCAGAAAAGUUUAGAGUAAAUUUUCAUCGAGUAAACGUGGGCAAUGGGCGAAGAUUGCAAAUUCAACAUAAAUAAUUGAUCCUAGUACGUAUACACGUUACGUAUUUUAUAAUACAAUAUUACGACAAUUUUAUACAUUAUUGAGCUAUUCCAUUAAAUCCGAGUGUUUAUAAUCGAUCGAUAUAGCUGUAUCAAGUUAAGAAAGGAAAUAGGGGAACCAGUAUAGAAUAAUCGUUAAACAUUUAUAAUUCGUUGUAAGCCUUUUGGAGAAGCAUGUGUCUUUUGCUACAUUGUUUCGGUGACGCAGGAUUGCGCAGAUUCGUUUUGUGAUAACGCAGUAUUCAAAUAAUUUACAAUUCGGCCCUAUACAUGUCGUUAUUUUAUCUAAGAAAAAUUUACAAGAUCAUCAAUUGACAAAAAUGUAAACAUUCCAAAUGAUUUUACGCACAUGCUUCUGUCCUAGUUGUACCGGAGAUGAUACCGGAAAUGGUGAUGAUGCGUGUACGAGUGAGAGUAUUAUUUUAUAUGCUUGAAACUUCAACUUGAUUUCUUUCAAUCGAACAAAACGAAAAAUACGUUAAUGACAUACGAUCGAUUCUAUUUUAACGCUCUAAUGUAUGUACAUAAAAUUAAAGGAAACCAAGAAGCCGAAGAAAAUAACGCGUAAAUGUGUACUGGAUUUUGAUAUAGAAAAUAGACCCUUCGAUAAGGCCUUCGAUUUUUUUUUUCGAACUAAUAAAUCACGUAACGAUUUCAAGAGUUGAGAGGAACUCGGAUUUUUCAAGAUUUAUUAUAGUAUAGGAUGAAUUAAACUUGCUUUUAACACCGAUGAGGUAGUAGGGAGACCUCGAGUUAAGAUUAUAGGUAGACGUGCAUUAUUAUAUGCAAAUGUAUGCUCCGAAAAAAAAUGAAAGAAAAUGAGCAUUGUUUCUAAAAGUUGUUUAAGGUGCAUAUAUUUUUUGCGAGAAUACCUGGCGUACGAGAUAAUAUUAUAGAUGAGAUAGCUGUACGGAAGGACACGUAACUUAAAAGUUUUUAAUUAAUCGAGAGUAUCGAUGAUGAACUACUUGAUACAUACCGCAUUUUUAGGAUAAAUAAUCAUACUUAUUAUAUUAGCAAGAUAAUGUUCGAGUUAUAGUUACUUGAGUUCUUAUUAUUAAGUUGAACAAUUCCAAAAUUUACGUAUGUUAAUGUAUGUAAUUGAAAUUUUAAGAUUUUUCGUCUCGAUAUUUUGUAUUAUUUUAUUCGAAGAAUCUCGAUAAGUUUCUACAAAGAAAACGAAAUAAGGCCCAAAAUAACCAAUGAAAUUAUUUAAUAUUUCUGGGUAUGAUACUGUUUUAUUUUAAUAUUGAAUGUGCACGUGUGACGUAUCGAAUUUUUUAAAAGUAUACACUAAUUAUAGGAAAGAUAUGUUGCUCCACAUACUUAUAUACGUUCUAUUUUUAUUUUUACAAACAAACAUUAUACACAUGUUCAUAAGCAUAAUAUACACUCGUGAAUACAAUAAAAUUGCAGUUGAUACAUUCCAAUCUCUUUCGUUCCUUACACUAAUGAAGACCAAUUUUCUAUCUACCGGUCUAUCCCAAAAUUCAAGUUUUUCCCAUUUUAUUUGUCUCGAGCAUAAAAGUUCCACUUAUAUUGCACGUUUUCUUGUGACAGUUACAAACGUAUGUAUUUUAAUGUUUGAUUCACAAAAACUGUCGUUAUCCACGUCGCAUCUGCCUGAUUUAAGAUAAAAACUCGUGGAAAAAUCUGAAUCUGAAUAAAGAGAACGAUUUACUCGUUGACGGUGUGUAGAAAAAGUACCUAUAGUAUUAACGUACGUUAUCUAAACACGAUCACCGUUCAAUAUUUGGCUCAGAAAUCGCACCGUGUACAUAGUUGUUUUGAAAAAGUUGUUCAUAAUUAUCAUCAUACACUAUUUAACCGUCGACGUGAUUACAUGGAUAAAUUGAUAAAGUUGAUAAUUAAAAAGAGUGUCUAGGGCAACGCUGUUAUAAAAAUACGUCUUUAUAUGUAUAUUAUACAUGUCCCACUUGAAGCCGACGAGACGACGCUUAAAUACCCAUAGUAUUAUUGCGAAGGGUGCGGAAUACUGAUUACGUAUAUUAAUAACUGUAUGAUAAAGAUUCGCUGUAUAGAUAUAACGAAGAAAAUAAUUAGCGUUAAGACGGAUUAUAGAAAGAACAAAAAGUUUGUCGCCGAAGUAUACGAUAAAUCUUGUGUCAAAGGAAGCGCAGCAGUAUAGUAAGCUGUGUGUCGCACAAAGUUAUAGGUGAAAGGAGUUUGUUGAUGAUCGGUAUAUAGCAGAGACGCGAAGGUACAAAGUGACAAACGUUUAUUCUUUAUGGAGGAUGGCCUAAUUAGAUAGUUUAACGAUCGAUUUUACUACAUAUUAUACUACUACACCGCAUUAUAAAAUGUAGGAUAGGUAUGGAUAUAAAUUAUAUUUAAUAAACGAACAUACUCGAGAUCAACACUUUUGAGAGAAUACGGGAGGCGUUUUUUCACCGACACCUUGAACAUCGAAUCAAAUUAUAUAUUAUUUACUUACGCGGGCAUAUAACGCUUACAAAUCUAACAGUAUUAUCUAUAAGGUUGUUCAGAUGACUAUAAUAAUGCAUACACGAUGAAAAAUGUACUCGUCUUUCUGUAAGGAGAGGCUGAUGAUGAAAAAUAAAAACAUUUUUUACUCUCGAAAA